AUGCGGCUGAUAAGCUUUGAGCGCGAUUUUGACGGAGUCCUUUAUAUCGACCAGCGAACUUUCCUGGACAUCUUUGACGACUUCGGGUAUGAUCCGUACUGGCUUAGCAUGAUACUGUCUUCGACGUACGGGUUCUUCUCUCGUAUGAAGGACGGUGGCACGCAGUAUACUUGCUACCUACAUACCGUGUCGUAUACGAUGCUAUGGACUUACGACUCUCAUGAGAUGACAACCAAAGCCGUGCUCAUUCCCCGAGAACGUUCCCAAUAUCCUCAGCGGAUCUUUAAGAGUGUGAUAGACACCAUCAUCUACCACAAGGAUCUUGUGAGCGACGCGCGGUUCUGUCCUCUCGUGUGUGCCAUACAGAUGGUCCGUUGGAUCGAAGGCACUGCUUUCGAAAACUUGGCCCGCAUUCGAUCCAUAGAGAUUACCACUGGCCAUGGCGCAUGGCAUGGUGUGCAGCACGAAUCUCCUCCAAGUACGGAUGAGCUAAUGAAGGACUCUAAGCGGCUAGGGUUCGUACUUACAGAUCUCGCAAAUAUCUCCCGGCACGCUUGCAUUGUGAGAGCAGUCCUCGACGACCUUGCAUCAGCCCAGCCAUUGUCAUCUCGGCAAUCGGCGCUUGCGCAAUCCUCGAACACUACCAGCGUUCUAAGCCCCUUCGAUGACAUUGUCGAUGCUGCAUCAAUGUUGGGAGGCCAGACGAAAUCGGGCGAACUGCAGGCGGGCUACCUCCAAGAGCGAGGCCGCACACAACAGGCUGUAAUCUUCAAUCUACUCACACGCGAAGAUGCGAAGGUUAGCAAGGAAAUUGCACUAGCAGCACGAAAAGAUAGUUACUCGAUGAAGACUAUCGCGAUCAUGACCAUGAUCUUCCUGCCUCCUACCUUCUUCGCUACUCUUUUCGCUAUGCCUUUACUCAAGUGGGACGGACCAAAGGUCAUACAUCCAAGCUUUGGCAUCUAUUGGGCUGCCUCCCUACCAACCACUGCGGCAGUACUUCUGGUCUGGCAUUGGAUGUCUUCCGAGGAGACCAUCUUCGCUAAGGGGUGGGCGUACAUCAAAUCCGGAAGGCUCAAGAGCGACGAGAAUGUUGAAUUAGGGAACCGUGCAAGGCUCCCAAUGAGUAGGGAGCGUCUCUUUGGACUUGAUUAA